AUGAAACUAUCAAUUGCCGUACUGUCAUCGAUCCUUGCUGUCUGCUCAGUCACAGUCGCCAAUCCAGUUGAUCCCAGUUCGACCACAAGCACUGAGGCUAGUACUUAUACAAUGAGUGCUGAGGCUAGCACUUCGACAGCCUCUACAAGCGGAGCUUCAGCCGGUGGAUCUGACUAUUCAAGCUCAUAUGAUGAAUUUGAAAAAUACUGUUAUUCAUUUAGUCUUGAUCAAGCGAUGUUGAUCAAAAGACUUGCAAAAGCUGAGGCUCAAUUCCCCAAACUAUCCAAGAAAACCAAUGAUAAACGUCAUCAGCAUGCUGCUCAAAAAAAAGUGGUUGAUGAGUUGCAGGAUAUACUCGAUGGCUUAUAUGGAGCUAUGCAUUGGGGGUUGGAGAUUGCCGAGCUUGCCGAGCUUGAAGCUGAACUUCUAAAACAGCGUGAAAUUCUUGAAAAAAUUGAAGAGGAGUUGAACGUAUGCUCUAUCAACUUUGCGAAUAAGAUUGACGAAGGUAACUAUUUGCAGAAGAAACUUAAAAAACAACCUUUGAUCGGAUCAUCAUCAAUUUCUGGUGAUGGCUUCCUAGACCUGAGAUCAGUUUCUGGAUAUAAUGAUUGUUAUCAUUAUUUCUACAAUCGUUUUUUGCAAUGA